AUGUCGGGAGCCGAAUUGCCACUCGCCAUUGUCGGCGCAGUGGACCUCUGCAUCAAAUAUGGAUCCAAGCUCAUGAAACUAUGCGCGGCUUUCAGGGGAGCGAACAACGAAAUUACCGAGCGCAUCCUGCGAUUGGAGACUGGUUGGUUCAAGACGGAACUGCAGCUAGACUUCAUGCGACGCGUUCCAUCUUUGAUGGGCGGUUAUCAUCGUCAGCUCAACGAGAAGAUCGUCGAAACCUUACAGAUUAAAUUAAACGUCGUCACGACAAAGAUUGAGCGUGUUAUCAAGUUACCUGAAGAUGACGGAGAUGAAUCUACUGCAGGGCGUUCCAACUCGAGCGUAAAAGCCAAGAGAUGGAAAUACGCACUGUUCAAAGAGAGUAUCGACGAAGCUAUCGAGGAGUUGGAGUUGUGGCAGCGGACUGCCGAUCCUUCUUGGUAUCUCAUCCUCAAAAUCGCGAAUUCCCAGGUUGAUCAGGCGCUCAAAGCCGGAAACACUACCACAGCUGCAUCUUUCCCGUCUACCAGAGCUAUUCGCGCGGGUCUCCAAAGCGAUAAGAGCAGUGAGGCUUCAGGAAUAUUUCUCCCGGCCCAAGACCUAGAGUCGAUGACUGUGCAGCGCAUUACAUUCUGCGAGGCAAAGGCAGCCACGCGGAACAGUACUCGAAAAGGCCCUCAAAACUUUCUGCUCGCUCCAAUGGAAUGUCCGCCUAUAGCAAAUCGUCAGCUGGUCAAGCGCAACUUGCGCGAUCUGGCCCGAAAGCUGCAGCAUAAUGACCCAGGAACGUUUGGACUUCUUUCAUGCAAGGGGGUUGUUGAACAGCUUGAUUCUACAGAUACUGACGCACAGCAACGUGUUUCUUUUACUAUGGUGUUUCGAGCUCCGAAUAACCUUUCAAAUCCGAAGAGUCUUAGAGACUUACUAUUGUCGGACCGUGAUCGAGUCGCAUUAUCCGAUAAGUUCGACAUUGCCCGUCAGAUGGCAACGGCUAUCAGCUACGUGCACACAUUUGGCUUUGUCCACAAGAACAUGCGUCCAGAGACCUUGAUUUCCUAUGUUGAACCACAAAAGUCUUCAUCGCCAAACGUGUAUUUGUUAGGUUUCGAAGACUUUCGCAAGGAGGAAGGAAAAACCUACCGAAUCGGUGAUGACUACUGGGAGAAAAAUCUGUAUCGACAUCCGUCGCGCCAGGGGCCUACUCCGGACAGCGAAUAUAUCAUGCAGCAUGAUAUAUACAGCCUUGGCGUUUGUCUCCUCGAGGUUGGGCUUUGGAGCUCUUUCGUAUUAUAUGAUGCAGAGGCUGAAAAAGUCACUCCAGCCUCGGUCUUGGGGUUGUCGCAGCACGAUGGCGAGAUGAGCCAGAUGGAUUUCACGAAUACUCUUCUUGACCUUUCACGCGGCGAGCUGCCGAGGUGCAUGGGAAGAAAAUAUGCGAGUAUUGUUGAGACGUGUCUCACUUGUCUAAAUCCUGACAACAUCGAUUUUGGUGACGAGAGAGACUUCAUGGACGAUGACGGAGUGUUGGUUGGUGUCCGAUACAUUGAAAAGGUGAAAUCAAAUGCCCUCGCAUACUUUCGAGGCACCACUAACACCAAGUACAGAUUCUAUCACAGUUAA